CGUCCUUGAAAUGCUUCUCAUAGACAAUUCUAUUUUCCAAAACUUCUACUUUGAAGGCUACACAGACGUAAACAUGGGGUCCACGAGCGAUAAGAUCAUUCUUUACAACAACGACACGUGUACAUGGUCCAAUCGCGCAAAGGUUGCACUCACGGAGCUGGGUCUCCCAUUUGAGGAACGAAUAAUCAAUGUGGACGGUCCGCGACCUGCAGAGUUCCUAAAAAACAUCAAUCCGCGUGGGUUGGUUCCAGUGAUCAUAUUCAAUGAUGAGAUAAUUGUGGAGUCCGCGAUUGUCUGCCAGUUCCUGUGCGACAUCCAUCCUUCACACCUGUGCCCGCCGCCGACGACAAUUGAGGGUGCGCUGCGCCGCGCCAAGAUCACCUUCUUCACGGACGCAUACUGGAGCAAGUUCCACACAGUGUUGUUCCGGCUGUUCGAUGCACAUACUGAAGCCGACACCGAAAGUAUAGUUAAUGACGCUGUUAAGGGUCUAAUCAGCGAGGUCGAGCCACUUCUCGCAGAUGCAAAGCCUUUCUUUGGCGCUAGUGAAAAGUUGACAUUGGCGGAGGUCAUCACAGGACCUUUCCUCGUUCGUGCAUUGGCAUUAUCAAGGAAUGGAGUUUAUCCUACUAGUCUGAACAAACACAUUGCGGAGGGAGCACCCAACUUUCACAACUGGGCGACUGCAGUAUCUAGACAUCCAAGUAUUACUGCAGUAUUUGACGAAGAGGUCAUCGUACAGCGAUCCUGGAACAAGAGAGCCAGAAUGAGAAAGGCUGCCGGUCUGUCUGACUGGAUCAAAUCUUAAAUUGGUAUUUGAGAUGUUCACUUUCAUAGUGCUGAAUAUGAGUGCGCGAUCCGCUCACUGCUAGAAAGAAUUCCCUAAGAAUGACAGUUGAAAGGAGGCUUGCAAUUAUAUCUAAUAAACCCGAUGUUUCAAUACUAUUCAUCACAAUUUUA